AUGUCUGCAGCCACACACUACACAAGACAAGCACAUAACCAGUUCGCUUGCAAACCUCCAUCGCACGCCGCCCGGCAGAAAAAGAAGAUGAUCACCGAGCAUCGCAUCCUCAGCCGAACUCCAAAUACCAUCGCAGCGACGGGUGAUUAUUUCAAAAUGGGCAAAGGGCCGCUGGAGCGAAAGCUCCAGUUUGAAAAGAAGAACCAGGGUCUUGUCAAGCUUCCGAAAUACGCCAAGGUCGAGAAGCGGCCAAUCUCUCAUGCGCCCGUUGCAUCGCCCUACGCCGGAGCCUCGGCACCGAAGAUCGUCUACGUCUCGAGCAACACGCCGUUCAUGAGCGCCGUGAAGCGCGUCCAAAAGCUACUUCGCCGAGCUGAGAAGCGCGCCACCGCGGGGAUCAGUCUCGAGGACACGCGCUUGACCGACAAGCAGAAGCUUGCGGAGCUGGCGAGUGUCUCCGAGAAGCGCGAGGAGGUGUUUGUGAAGGCGACUGGGCGCGCGAUCGAGAAGGCGUUGAAUGUGGGCAAAUGGUUCGAAGAGAAGGGCGCCGAGUAUGUGGUGCGGGUGACGACGGGGAGUGUGCUUGUUGUGGAUGACGUGGUUGAAGACGAGGGCAAGAAACAGCACGAGAUGCAGGUGCGUCAGCGACAAGAGAACCAGCCUCAGAAGGAUUCUGGCUCUACAUCCCAGCCUGCUGAGGUAAAUGAGACUGGGUCUGCGUCAACACAGCCUCCAGGUUCCAAGUCGGCCUCGAAGAAGAGGAAGCGUCAGGCUGCUGUGUCGCCAGAUGAGGUCGAAUUGCCCGAGACGCGGACGCGCUGGAUCAAAAUGGUCGAAGUAGCCGUGAGCCUCAAGUGA